AUGACCACCGACCCGACAGCACAGAUUGAACUAACGGAGGAAGAGAAGGAGGCGGCGGCCUUGAAAGCACAACAGGCUGAGGAAGCCGCGGCGGAGAUAGUCGAGCUGAUCAUCGAGGCCGGUGGCCACAUACUCUACCGUCACCAUCGGGAUCGUCUUGCUGUUAAAUACGCCGCGAAGAGGGUUGCAGAAGCCCUGCUGGCUGAUGUGGAUCUGACAUUCAUGCCGGUCGAUCCGGGGGAUGGGAUGAUGAGGAAGGAGCUCGGAAGUGAUACCCUUCCUGAUGAUGGUGACACGUGGAGCUGCAUGCCGGUGCCACCUCCUAUUGAUAGCUGGGCUAAGUUCGCUGUUCCUGUGAGGAUGGUGAACAGUUUGGAAAAUGCCACGAUCACACAAGAGGUGGCUGACCAGAAGGUUGAGAAGUCCAGCGUGGUGGAGGCCACUAAGAAGGGUGAAUGGCUUUUGUCUGAAGAGUGGUGGUUUUCUCUAUGGCAGGUCCAUCGAUAUCCCAAGUUGUUGGAUGCUGUGGUGGAGGGUAGCACACCGAGUGUUAUGGGAGCAUCCGUGUUGGACGAGCUUCGACAGCGAGGCGCGUUAACGGGCGCUACACGUAAUCGUACGGAGGAGGAGUGCGCGAAGAUAGUGAAUUACCUCGCCAAGCUGAUGGGCAGUUGGGACGGCCCGAGACUGGGCUCUCUGGUGGCUAGCGUGCUGGAUGCUCUCACUGCUACUAACCAGAAGGUGUUUGCGAAUCCGAGUGAUGAGUUAGUGAAAGCGUUGAAUCAUCUGAGCACCACGAUCGGGUCUGAGGUCCUCACCGAGCAGAAGAUAAUGCCAUGUUUUCCGGAGGACUCCUCUUGCAUCGCUGUGCUAUCCAAAGGGGAGGGGUGA